AUGAGUUCCGCUGAGAAAAACCAGUACUUCAUAACGAAUGUUGACAUCAACAAAAAGGUCAUAACACAAGAAAUUCAGUACUAUCUUGGUCCAGAAUCAACGGUCCGGCCAUACACGCGAGCGGGCGAAGACGGCUUCCUCAUAACCACUCCUGGAGAGUGCUUGACAGAUGAGCAGAUAGACGACAUCUGCCACAAAAGCAAGGAAGUCUGGGAGAAACAGGCAGCACAGCGUUCGAAAAAAGAGUCUGAUAAGCAACUUAAACGACCUCUCCACCAACCCAUUGUUGUAUCUCGGGGUUCGAAAUCAGAUCAUUCAAGGCAUCGUCGGCAUUCCGACGAGCGGGGUGAGGGUUCAUCGCGACGUCGUUCAGACGAGCGCAAAUAUGGAGAGAGUUCGCGGCGGUGA